ACCGGAAGUUUAUCCGCAGGCGCAGUCGGACUAGAGCCCUCGGAGUCGCAGCUUCGAAGAAAAGCGAGGCGGUUGCUCAGUCGGAUUACUGAAGAAAUAGAAUUGUACAUAUCGCUCAAGAUGGGUGUUAGAGGUUUGCACUCAUUUGUGACCAGUGCUUGCCCAGGGACUUGUGCAGUUGUCAACCUGAAAGAAAUGGCAGAAAAUCACUGCAGUCAGUAUCCCGGGUCUGACCCUGUUAUUGUAGUAGAUGCAAUGUGUUGUCUUCGGCAUUGGUACACACCAGAGUCAUGGGUUUGUGGUGGCCAGUGGCGUGAAUAUCUUUCCAAUCUGGAUAGUUUCAUAAAAGCCUUUAUGGCAGCUGGUAUCAAACUGGUGUUCUACUUUGACGGAGUGGUGGAACAGAAAAAAAGAGAUGAAUGGGUCAAACGAAGACUGAAAAAUAACAAGGAAAUCGUCAGGAUCUUUCAGGUUAUCAAAGCCACUAAGCAACAACCCAGGAGAAGCAUGUUCUUUAUUCCAUCUGGGUUGGCUACUUUUACGCGCUUUGCUUUGAAGACUCUUGGUCAAGAGACAAUAUGUUCGUUGCAAGAGGCAGACUAUGAAGUGGCCUCUUAUGGACAGCAGAACAAUUGCAUGGGUGUUCUUGGAGAAGAUACAGACUACCUGAUUUAUGACACCUCUCCAUAUUUUUCCAUUAAUAACCUCUGCUUGGAUAAGCUGGAAACCAUCAUGUACUCAAGGCAGAACCUCUGCAGCAACCUGGGCCUGCAAGUAACUGAACUUCCCCUUUUGGCCUGCCUUCUUGGCACAGAUACCGUUCCAGAGAGGGCCAUGGCAGAGUUUAGGAAUCAAUGUGUUGCUUCAUAUGGUGCAAAAAGCCAGAGCUCUGGUAAAAAGACUAGCAUAAUUCCAGCAGUGGCACACUAUAUUUCAACUCUUCCACGUUCAUAUGAGAGUUUGAUUGCUUUGGCAGAAAAUGUGCCUAUACUUUACAAAGGAAUAGAGUCUUAUCUUCUACCUGGGCAGAUGUCUCCAUGGCUCCCUUCUGACUUUUCAGAUCACUCAUCAGCCUCUGUCAAACAAGACACAUCUCUGUGCAUAGAUCAGGAGAUUUUUCAGAUAGCGAAAGAACAGCACGUGAGAGCUGAAAGCUACAUGAUGUAUAAUGUCCUGAGUGGCGGAGAGGUUGAAUGCAGCAACACACUGGAAGACGAAUAUGAUACAGAGCUUCCCAGUCAGGCGCAUGUAUAUUGCCCUGUACGUCAGCAUAUCUAUUCCAUCCUGCUGGAGUCAGCAAAAGAUGUCAAGGGAAUACGUCCUGUGGUAAAGGAGUGGUUUGUGUAUCCUGGGAAUCCUUUACAGCAACCAGAUCUGGUACAACCCAAACAACUCCCAGGUAGGACUCCUGGGUUAAGAUCACUAUGGCUCAACAAGGGUCCAGAGGCCGAAAAGCAGUGCCAUCACACAUUUCUUGCAUGCUUUCAACUGGAAGAUGUAGCAGAAGACCUCCAGGCCUUAGAAGCCUCCACUGAAGCUGCCUGCUCCUUGCUGAUCUACCUCACUCUACAAGUGGACAGUCUCUCCUUGGAAGACUUGCAUGCAUUUGUGGCUCAGGCUCUGUGCCUUGAGGGGAAGCCAGCUGCUCAGCUUGCAGACUUGCAGCUUGCCCAGGUUGACUCAAGAGCUGUGCAGCUUGGUUCGCUCUUUGUCCGGGGCCUGUGUGUACUGCUUAUGGCCAACAGCGCCUGUGGUUUCCCCUUCAGAAUGGACAGUUUGAUGCCCUGGCAAGUAUUCGAUGGGAAACUUUUUCAGCGGAAAUACCAGCAGGCUCAUAGAGGAUGCUCUUUCCAUGAGCUCUUGGAAGGCAAUAAAUCAUGGCUCACUAAGUUCCAGAAUCUGAUGUCCCUUAUUUGCAAAGCAUGCACAGCAAAAGGAAGAAACAUCCAGAAUAGACCGCGACUGACUAGCUCAGUGACAGAGAGACGAGAAGGAGCGGAAGGUUCACACUUUCCAAAUCGAGGCAGAACUCACACUUACCCUUACUCUCGUCACCACCAAAACAGGGAAGGGCAAUGGAGAGGCCCUCCAACAACUGGCUAUUCAUCUGAAUCUCAGCAUUCAGGUUUAAGAUACAGAUCAAGACAUCAGCCAUCAAGGGGACAGAGAUUCCAGCUUGCACCUCGAUGGCCCAGAUGACUCAUCCGUGGAAUGGAAUGAAGAUAAGAAGUUCUCGUGUAUGAAAAAGCAAUGAUUCAUAGUAAUAAACUAGUUUAUUUUGUAGAAAGAAUGGUUAGGCACAAUAUAACUUUUUAAAUAUCA